CGCAGUCCCCGCCUGGCCCCCUUCCGGCCCCCGCACUCCGACGCGCGCCGACGUCCCGGGGCCACUAGUUCCGCGCGUUCCUGGAUGGAGGCGCGACUCGAGGGGCUCGGAUGCGGCCCCCUCGGCCCAGCAGCAGCAGCCUCCCUAGCCCGCGGGAGAAGUCAGGUCAGCUUCCUGUCCCCCACCAGCUGCCGGAGCAGGCAGUUCUCAGAACGUGUCCUCGGUCGGGAAUAAGGAGAUCGAUCCUCGCCUGGUCUCAACCCCCGACUUUCACUUUGGAGGGCGAAGACCGGGCGACUCCAGCCAGCCCCCAUUCCUCAAUCGUGUCUCAGUUUAGGAAAAAGCAGCCCUCCUGUCCCUUCAGAAAGGAUCCCGUAUUUGCCCCUUGAAAUUUCCUUUGGUCAGCCCUCCCUUUUCUUCUUAGGGGGGUCCGCGGCCAAGCAGGGGAGGCCGCGACACCGGGCGGGCGCAGCGGCGGCGGGCGAGCUCUCGCCAUCUUGAGUGGAGGAGGAGCCGCGGCGGCCGCCAUGCGGAGAGGCAGCGAAAGAGGGAGGAGGCGGCGGGCGGGCCAGGGAGGGCGGGGGGAGAGGAGUCGAGUUAGCUCAGCCCGGCGGCGACUUCGGCGGCGCCACGAGAGCGGGCAGCGGAGGAGAUUGAAGUGAGUGAAUUCAGAUAUAAUUCAACCUUGUUAGAGGGCUUUUUAGAAAUAAAAAGUUGAUUCGGUGCAUGAGAGCAAGUUACUGCUGCUUACCGUUCACAGACUUACAGGUGCUUGCCUGCAUUGCAAUAAAGGACUCAUAUAUUGAGCAAGACUUAUAUUUAUCUCUUCGUUUUGGAGAGCCUAAUAAACUGUUAUUACAGUUUCUCUACUGACUUUGAGAAGUUCUGAAGUUUGAAGGAGACACCUUUGCAGUUAACACAGCAUGAGCACGGCCAGAACAGAGAACCCUGUUAUAAUGGGUCUGUCCAGUCAAAAUGGUCAGCUGAGGGGCCCUGUGAAACCCAGUGGUGGCCCCGGAGGAGGGGGCACACAGACACAGCAACAGAUGAACCAGCUGAAAAACACCAACACAAUCAAUAAUGGCACUCAGCAGCAAGCACAGAGUAUGACCACCACUAUUAAACCUGGUGAUGACUGGAAAAAGACUUUAAAACUCCCUCCAAAGGAUCUAAGAAUCAAAACUUCGGAUGUGACCUCCACAAAAGGCAAUGAGUUUGAAGAUUACUGUUUGAAACGGGAGUUAUUGAUGGGAAUUUUUGAAAUGGGCUGGGAAAAGCCAUCUCCUAUUCAGGAGGAGAGCAUUCCCAUUGCUUUAUCUGGUAGGGAUAUUUUAGCUAGAGCAAAAAAUGGAACAGGCAAGAGCGGUGCCUACCUCAUUCCCUUACUUGAACGGCUAGACCUGAAGAAGGACAAUAUACAAGCAAUGGUGAUUGUUCCUACUAGAGAACUUGCUCUACAGGUCAGUCAAAUUUGCAUCCAGGUCAGCAAACACAUGGGAGGGGCCAAAGUGAUGGCAACCACAGGAGGAACCAAUUUACGAGAUGACAUAAUGAGGCUUGAUGACACAGUACACGUGGUGAUCGCUACCCCUGGGAGAAUCCUGGAUCUUAUUAAGAAAGGAGUAGCAAAGGUCGAUCACGUCCAGAUGAUAGUAUUGGAUGAGGCAGAUAAGUUGCUAUCACAGGAUUUUGUGCAGAUAAUGGAGGAUAUCAUUCUCACGCUACCUAAAAACAGGCAGAUUUUACUAUAUUCCGCUACUUUCCCUCUUAGUGUACAGAAGUUCAUGAAUUCCCACUUGCAGAAACCCUAUGAGAUUAACCUGAUGGAGGAACUAACUCUGAAGGGAGUAACCCAGUACUACGCAUAUGUAACUGAGCGCCAAAAAGUACACUGCCUCAACACACUUUUCUCCAGGCUUCAGAUAAACCAGUCGAUCAUUUUCUGUAACUCCUCUCAACGAGUUGAAUUGCUAGCCAAGAAGAUUUCUCAACUGGGUUAUUCUUGCUUCUAUAUUCAUGCUAAAAUGAGGCAGGAACAUCGGAAUCGUGUAUUUCAUGAUUUCCGAAAUGGCUUAUGCCGAAAUCUUGUUUGCACUGAUCUGUUUACCCGAGGUAUUGAUAUACAAGCUGUGAAUGUGGUAAUAAACUUUGACUUCCCAAAGCUGGCAGAGACCUAUCUCCAUCGUAUUGGAAGAUCAGGUCGCUUUGGUCAUCUUGGCUUAGCCAUCAACUUGAUUACAUAUGAUGAUCGCUUCAACCUGAAAAGUAUUGAGGAGCAGCUGGGAACAGAAAUUAAACCUAUCCCGAGCAACAUUGACAAGAGCCUAUAUGUGGCAGAAUACCACAGCGAGCCUGUAGAAGAUGAAAAACCUUAACAAGCAUGCUUUGACAAACUACAGGAGGCUCGUUUGGAUCUGUGACACAUGGUUUAGGGGGGAUGCUCUUCUCUUUGUGGGUUUUUCAUCUUCUUUUAUUUUGGAACUAUGAAGACUUAAAAGAGCUCAAGACAUUUUUUUCUUUUUUUAACUGGUGAAGAGAAAAAAGGCUGAAAAGAAGGAAUAUACCUUUUUUGUUCCACUUGUUUGCACUGUGUGCUGACUGAACAUUAGUUGCACUAACUGCUGGUUUUUUAAAAAUGUUUUCUGGGGAGAAGGGACAAGGAAGGAGAGGAAAAAGAAGAGAAGGGGAGAAACCCUAAAAAGAGAAGAAUCUUGAUGAACACACAAGCUUGUCUGCGAUUUCAAAAUUCUACAACAGCUGACUCUUGACUGCAUUUCAACUUCUCCCUGAUUACUCAUCCGUUUUUUAAGCCGGAAGAGCUUAUUACUUAUUUGUGCGAAGUGCCUUAUGCUAUGAGACCAUUCAGAAUAUCAUCUUUUAGACACAGCCCAUGGAGUCAACAAUAGUAAUUCUUUCCUUUUUUUUCUUUCCUUAUUUUUUUUUUUCUUUUAGAAAUUUUGUCUUUGCAUUUUGGUUUCAAGUUGAAGUCUCUCUCUUCCCUUUCUACCCAAUACUCAAGCCCAGGGCUGGAAGAUGAAACUUACUAUUAAUGUUAAACACCAUUUUCUUUUUCUUUAUGUGGAGGAGUUGAUAUGCAACUGCAGUUCAUCUGCACUGUAAAUACAUGUAUUUAAAAAAAAAAAAUCCCAAGUAAAAUUUCUUCUGGGCUGAUUAGGUAAAACAUCAUCACUCCCAAAGGAAAGAGCAGUCUAUCAUUGCAGGAGCCAUAUGACAAGCCUUUGUGCUCUAUAGCAGAACACUAAAGACUGGUUUACAUACGCCUCCAUUAGCAGUAUGGCACUUGAUGUGUAGACAUGUCAGAGCCUUGACCCUCUUUCCUCUGUGGCAAAAGUGUGUCCCAUAGAAAAUCGGGUGUGUAUACUUGUAUAAACUUUGUAAAUAAGUUUUUUUCUGGGUUCAUAUAUAUAUAUAUAUACAUAUAUAUAUAUUUUUUUUUUUUGGAUGAAGGUUGCUGGGAUUAAGGGGAUUAGAGUGAUUAUGGGAGCAGCUAUAGAUGAGAGGGGCUCAGUUUUCCGCAACACUAAAUUCUAAAAAGUACUUUGGCCUCUUGCUAUAGAGAGCAGAUUUCUGUGGGACCCUGUGUUAGAAAAGGGACUCAGAAGUCUGAGGCGUACUGUUUGCUGCCAUGCUGUCUCAUGUGGUAUCUUUGGAAGAGGCUUAUAAAGAGAAUAAGGAAACUUAAAAAAAAUCUGUAAUUCAAGAUUUUUUUCUUUUUUGAGGAAUUCUCUGAUUUUGCUUCUUCCCCCUUACUGAAAGUUGGAGGGAUUUUUCAAGCUCUGCAAAAGAGGGCAAAGAUUAAUCUACCUUGCAGUAUGGAAAGUCAUUGAAUGGCAGUGUUUUUGAACAGUAUAUGCAUAAAGCAUGGGUUCGCAUUUCAGGAUAUUUAGCCAGUACCAGCUUUGCUAAUGUUAGCAGUUCUGGAACUUGAUUUUCUGUGGAUCAUCUCCUUAUGUAUGUAAAUGUGUUGCCCUCUGCCUACCUGCCUUAUGCAGAAAUGGGCAACCACUGAGAGCUGUUAACUUUCAUGCUACAGAAAGCUGCUUGCCAUCCUCUUGCGUAGUGAAAAGAAUUAUCUGUCAUUUUGCACUGUAAAUUGCUGGCAAAUGCUUUACAGUUGAUAGUGUUGCUUUAAAUUGUGCCCCUCCCAACAUGCUUGAUGUUUGGCCUGAUCUCCAGGCAAAAGGAGUGAGAUGAAUCAAAACCAGUGAACUUUUUUUUUUUUAAUGUUUUUAAUUCCCUUUUAACCCAGUGUACUAGGUCAGUCAGGAGGCAUCUGUGGGGAAACAAAAAACAAAAUUCUUUUAAAAUUGAUCCAUAUUCCAUUGUUUUCAAAGCCCUUAGAUACUACAAAAUAAGUCCUGCCAUAUGCUUUCAUGCUUUAAUUCAUCUGGAUAAAGAAAUCAGUUAUUCAAAGUUGCAUUUUUUUAACUCCGCCCAGUUCUAAGCAAAACUAUUUGUGACUCACAAAAUUCCAUGGGAAUCAAAAUCCUACAGAUGUCUCUUGAUUAGACAUAGCCCUAACUCCUUAACUGUAGCAAGGGCUGCACAGUACAAACCCCAAAAAGAGCAAGCUCAUUUAUCUAGAAUCAAAGUCACCUGUGUUUUGUCCAGUCCAUAUUGGUUACUAAAUUUAAACCCUAAUUAAGGAAGUAACUUUUUCAGGGAGGGUGGGAGAGAAUUUAAAAGGCAACAACUUUUGACCAAAAAAAAAUCUUGCCCUUGUACUGAUGCAGCUCUCUUUUCUCCCCCACCUUUUGUGAGAUAAGAGGGAUCAUUCAUAAAGCAGAAAAGCAAGAAAGGAGUGUAAAUGCAAUUUGGUAUCUCACUAGAGAGUGUAUGGUGACUAAAAAAAACAUGCAGUCUUCUUUGCUAACCUCAGACUGCUCUGCCUAGUGCCACAUGCCUGUGGGUCCCUCUUAAAGCACAGACUUAAAAUUGAAAGUAUUACUGAAGUAUGGCCUCUGAUGAGGAGUGGCACUUAAAACUAUCUGGGACACCACUAUUGGACACAGUCUUGCAGAGGCAGCUGUCCAGUUUUGGUGCUUAACUCUUGAAUAGGAAUUGUUAAAAUGGAAAGAUGCUCUAAGACCAGGUCAAAGCCUGGUUUUUUUUUUGUUUUUUUUUAAAUCCCUCGAUACCGUUAUAAGGAAGCACUGUUAACUAUUGGAAAUCAUUUUCAGAUUCUUUCUGAUACUGAGUGGUUUUUAUUUUUUUUAAGUAAUGGCAAUAUUUUUCUAGUGGUCCAUUUGGGUGAGAGCUAGUCCCUAUUUUAAAACUAUAUCCAACUCAUGGUUUAGCCUGUGGGUUAUGGACUGUUCACAUACCUUGCCACCUCUAGACCUGUAUUUUUUUCUCUCCUCAAAUGUUCUGAUGGGGAUAGAAACUCUCUUGCCCUUCCUUUAGGAAUAGAAUAAAUUUACUCUAAAAUGACCUUUCAUGGAAAGAAAGGAGAAGGAAACCUGAAUAUUCCUCUAAAUUAUUUUCAAGUUGGUCCCACCGUCAUAACAUGGUUUGGCCCCGGGGUGGGGGGGGGGGGCGGGGGGUGGUCAUCAGUAUUUGUUUUCAGAAUGAGAUGAGAGCAUCUUUCCUUUGCCAUGUGCUUUGUGUUUGAUACCAUCAUGCUUAGUUAGAACAAGAACUCAGCACAAAGCUUGAGUGUCAAUUGUUGGAAUCAAAGCAUCUCAUUCUGAUCAUUUGGUUUAAUUUUUUUCUUUUCUUUUUUUUAAUAGGGGUGGGAGGGAGGGUACUGUGCCCCAAAAGGGAGGGUGUCUGCACUAAGGAUUUAGAAACACUUUGGAAGCUCCAUAACCUCAUCAAAAACUGCCUUUAGCCACACUCCUGACCUUCUAGAUGAGUAACAAAAAAAAAAAAUGAUAAUAAUAAGUUCUUGGGAAUUAAGCCAUGUUAUUUUAAUUUUCUACUUUUUUUCAGUGUUCUGUAAAAUUUGUUGUGGAAUCAUUUUCUUGCCAAAUAUCUUUGUCAAGCAAAAUUAUUGGCCUCAUGGGAGCUAAAAUAAGUCAGCUUUUUGGUGAACUUGAGUGAACUUUGGUGAGCUUGUAGUUCUACUUUAUAUCCCUAAAGGUUGUUUUUUUAACUCCCAAAGAAAAUAUACUCUUUGAUCUAAAAACUCAUCUUUGGGGUAAAGAGUUAAGUGUCCAAAGGUUGUCAUAGUUGAGGUCACAGAGAGCUAGCCUGGCACCUGGACUCUGCCCCUCCACAGCUGACAGAUUCCAGCAGAAGUGUAUUUAAAUUCUCCAGUAGACAAUGCUGGGCAGGGAAAGGGAGGGGUAGGGCUGGGUUAUUAAGAUACAGGCUACUGUCUUUUAACCAGUGGUUUUGGGGGAGGGGGCCUGGAGAAAACAAAGUCACUUCCCUUUUUUGAAACAAAAAGGAAAAAGUUUAUUUUUUUGUUCAAUAAAAAUGGGAGAAUUUCAGUGUCCCUAGCCACAAGGGACCAGUUCCACUGAGAAGUGAACAGUGGGAACUCAAAAUUUUGAAAACAUUUGGGGAAAGGGAAAAUUGGCUUUCUGUUAAUUGGCAAAUGUUCCAGUGGGGCUCUCUUUUUGUUGGGAUGUGUUGUGUUGUAUGUACACGUAUAUAAGCCAGUCUGCUGAGUUUAUAAGGUUCAUAAAAGAUGGUUGGUAAAAUCUUGAUUUUUGUUUAUCUCAAUAAAAGCCCACUGGAACUCCAAA